AUGGCCCGCCCGCCCUCCAUGUUCCACGCCUUCCUCCGGCCCUCGAUCCUCCAGAUCCUGCGCGCGACGGGCUACCACAGCACGCGCCCGGCGGUGCUCGACACGCUGACGGACAUUGCGGCGCGGUACCUGACGCUGCUGUGCGAGAAGACGGCGGGCAACGCGGCCAACAACCACGGCGACGCGGGCGACUACGACGUGGUGGACGUGCGGAUGGCGCUGCAGGAGGUGGGCGCGCUGCUGCCGGACCAGGCGUGGCGGCAGGAAGAAGACAUGAGGGGCGUCGAGGAGUUCAUCGGCUGGUUCGCGGGCCCGCGGAUGAGGGAGAUGAUGGAGAUGGGCAGCGGGGACACGGAGAGCGAUGCGACGGAUUAUUUGGCGGCCCUCAAAAAGAAGCAUAGCAAGACUGGUGACGAUGCAAAGUGGCAAGGCACCAUCUUUGGCAAAUCAACCGACGGCAACGAAAUCCUUGUCGAAGGCGGGCCCAUAACGAGCAUCAGCGAGUGGAUAUCCCAACGG